AAAACUCCAAACCAAACAAACUCACGCCCAUCAGCGGUCAGCCCAUGUCCUCCGAGGACCUCUUCGACGGCCUGCCUCCGCCCGCCGCCGCCACCGCCCCGGCCGGAGGCGGAGCUGGCGCGGCCUCCCUCUUGCAGCCCCCGCCGCCACCACCUCCUCCUUCUCUGGCGCAAGCAACGGCACCCAAGCCCGCGCUGAAGAGCUCACUCAAGCGGAGCAAGCCCUCCCCCUCCUCAGACGCUACUCCCUCUUCCACUCCUGCCCCCGCGGCUGCCGCGCCCGAAUCCCAUGUUCCUGAGAAACGUCUUCGGUUCAGAACAACCGUUGAUGCUUCAGAAACACAAGUGAUUGAGGCUAUGCAGAAGAUAGCUUCACACAUAGGGAACGCUUCAAAAUUCAGCAAGGCAUCAAAACUAGCUUUGCAACUCAUCGAGGCUGGAAGCGUCAAGCCUGGAACAAUCGGUCAUUUCUUUGCUAUACUAGAAGCUGCGAUGUCUUCACCGGGAGUGUGCAACGAGCCUUCUGUACGAGCAGACUACCACAAAUUGUUCGAUGCUGCUCAGGGUGUAACAGAGUUACUCAACCAAGAGCAGAAAAAUCGAUUCAACAUAUGGGUGCUGCAUGCAGUGGUGGCUAACGAUCUUUUCACUGAUGACAGCUUUGUGUUCUCAAAGGCUGUAGGAAAGAUCAAAGAUGCCAUCUCAGCCCUGCCAGUGGCAACGGUGGAUGACGACAACGACGAAGCUGCGGCCCUUGCUGCUGCGAGCAAAACUGAUGUGGCGACGGAUAACGAAGCAGGUCAUGGCGUCCCAGCCGCAGCUUCUGACUCUGUGGUGGAUGAUGGCGCGCAUGCCGUGGCCUUGGAGCCGGAAGAAGAAUCCUCCGACCCUUUCGGUUUAGAUGGGCUUCUUGAGCACAGGCCUAAGAAGACGUCUGGGAGAGCUCGAGAGAAGGCAGUCGCGGCUCUGAACAGAAAGACGGUCGAGGAGGAAGCAAAGAGGGUUCUCAAGUCGCAGCGGGAGGCCCUUCUGAAAUGCCUGGAAAUAGCCGCUCGGCGCUACAGAAUCCCGUGGACACAGACCGCCAUUGACAUUUUGGCGAAGCAGGCGUACGACGACGCGGCCCGGUUCACACGGCGGCAGCGGGACGCGAUCGCUAAGCUGUGGAACUCGAUCAAGGAGCAGCAGAUCCGGCGGAAGCAAGGCAAGUCGGUGAGCGGGAAGCUGGACGUGAACGCCUUCGAGUACCUCCAGGAGAAGUACUCCCGCGAGAAGAUGAGCAUCCGGCACAGCGUGGGCGGCGGCGGCGAUCGUCGCGCGACGCAGUGGCUGGGCUAGGCCGUGCGUGUGUGUGAUGGUUUGUGCCUUUGGCUUCAUCAGCGACACGGCGUGGGAGUUGUUUGUGCUUGGUUUUUCGUAGAGGAGAGGAGAGAGUUGACAUGAUCUUCCCCGUAGCAUGUGAUGGGUGGCUCUUGGUGUAACGUUACGUACUAGCUGCACUGAACUCGUUGCAUGUCUUUAUCAGUGCUGGAACUGGAAGCAGCAGCUGAAACUGCUGACAACGACAUGGCAGUGCAGCACAGUGCGGCUGUUGGGGGCAAAAUGCUUUGUUUAUGCCGGCACCCGGCAGCA